AUGGCGGGGGAGGGCGAACUGGGCGCACUUCCCCAGCUGGUCAAGGAAGUCUUGCAACAGCACCGCGAUGAGCAGCAGAGGCAACUGGAUCAAUGGCUUCACAGCCUGGAUGGGCUUCUAAGGCAGGGCUUGCACAGCACCCUUCGCGGUUCGACUUCUUCUGAAGCGUUGCACUUCGACUCGUAUGCGCCGGUUCUGUCGACUUCGCUGCACAUGUCUGCCAUCAACACUACCAGAUCCGACAUGAUGAGAAUCGAGGAGGAGUGGCAAGCGAGUUGGCCGAGCAACACUCCCCACAAAUUGGUCGAGCGCACCGAGAGCUACGAGCUCGCAAGACAGGAGAGCACGCGGAUCCACCGCAAGGAGAUCGCUUCCGGCGUCAUUUCGCAGGAUGAAGACAAGGAGGGAAAGCUGGGACGCCUGCGGGCGCUGGCACACUUGGUGGCCAAUUCGGUGGCUUUCGAACUUCUCUUCGCCGUGGUGAUCCUCACGAAUGCGGUCUACCUGGGCAUUCAGCUACAGUGGGACAAAGAAUCCCGAACAGCGGCCAUUGGCGGCGACUCACUCACAGUCCAGCUGAUUUUUGCAGUUCUCUUCUCGAUCGAGGUGGGCAUCCGGCUUGUGGCUGUGGGGUGCCGCAGCUACGUGUGCGGGCGCGAUCGACUCUGGAAUUGGCUCGACAUUUUUGUGGUGAGCACCUCAUGGUUCGUCAUUGGAGUUGAGCUUCUGGCCACGGCUGGCCUGGACGAAGCGAACAACUCCCAACUGCGCAUCUUCCGCGUGUUCCGGGUCGGGCGGCUGCUGCGUGUCGUCGGCUCGCUCUGGGUGGUUCGCUCCAUCAAGGCCCUGCGGCAGCUGGUCAACUCCUUGGUGGACACGCUGAAGUCUCUCUUUUGGGCCCUGGUGCUUCUGUGCUUGAUCAUCUACACGUUUGCGAUACUUUUCACUGACGCUGCUAUUGACUACGCGUUUUUUAACGACCCGCCGCCGACGCUGGAGUCCCAUUUCGGCACCUUGUCCAGGUCGGUGAACACCUUGUUGAGGGCAAUCUUGGGCGGCGAAGACUGGUGGAUCGCAGCCGACGCUUUGCAAAAGAUCGGUACGCUCUGGGAAUGGAUUUUUAAUUUUUAUGUGUGCUUCUGCACCUUUGCUGUCCUGAACGUCAUGACUGGGGUGUUCUGCAACUCGGCAAUAAAAGCUGCGGAGCGAGACCAUGACACGCUGAUGCAAAACCGCCAUGAAUUUCGGCAGUUGGCCCACGAUCUGUUCAGCAAGAUGGACAGCAGUGGGCUUGGGCGCAUCACCAUUUCAGAGUUCGAGCGCUUAUUCGACGAUGAGGCAAUGAAAGCCUUCCUUGAGACGGCCGAGAUCAAUGCCGUUGAUGCUUGGACCCUUUUCGCGAGCCUUGACGUGGAUGGCGACUACGUCAUCAGCGUGGACGAGUUUACGGAGCGGUGCAUGCAGCUGCAUGGCCCAGCACGAGCUGUGGAUGUUUUCGGCCUUCAGCGGCAUCAGAUGAAGUAUCGGGAGCAAGUGUACGAAGUGGAGCAACGUCUAGCCCAGCUAGAGCCAAAGAUCAACAUGAUUUUGGGGGCUUGCCAGAGUUUGGCGGCUUCCCAUUCGGACGACUUCACCUUGUGA